CUAAGCUCCAAACACCCCAAACAAAAACCACACUUUCAUUCGAUUACUUUCCCAUCCUCAUCGGAGACACCAACACCCCGCGCACCACCCGAUCCCGCCUCCCCAAAAAGCAGAACAAAAAACCAGUUAAAAAGAACACUCUACGAUGUUGUCUCUCUCUGUCAGUCGGUGGCUGUGAUUCCCUUAAUUUCAACGACGAUGUUCAACAACGGGUACGCCAACAACAAAAACUGCCUGAGCCCGAUGCCGUCGGCAUCAUCGUCAACGACGGCGACGCCCCAAACGACGUCGUCUUCUUCUUCUGGCACAACAAAUUCCCAGACCCAAUCUCUGAUAAAGGCGUAUUUCAAAACCCCAGAAGGCCGAUACAAACUUCACUCGGAGAAGACUCGGCCGCCCAACCUCCUCCCCUACUCGUACGCCAAGUCAAUUUCUCAGGUGACGGUAGCGCAGCUCAAGGACAAGCCUAGCAGCCAGCCUACGCUGACGCCGAGUUUCAGCACCACCGGGGUGCGGUCGGCGGCGGCGAGGCUGUUGGGAGGAAGCGGGGGCAAAGCUCUAAACUUUGUGGGAGGGAGUGGAUAUAGCAGAACCAGCAAUGGGAGUAGCAGGUAUGCUCAUUUCGGCGGGUCGAAUGGGACCCACCACGCUGUCAACUCGAAUCUCGGCGGUAAAGGGUCGUUUUUGGUUUUCAAUGUUGGGGAUACUGUUUAUAUCAGUGAUCUCAAUUCGCCUGAUAAGGAUCCUAUUAAGUCCUUGCAUUUUAGCAAUUCGAACCCAGUGUGCCAUGCUUUUGAUUCCGAGGCCAAGGACGGGCAUGACUUGCUUAUUGGAUUGAGCUCUGGAGAUAUUUAUUCCGCGUCUUUGAGGCAGCAAUUGCAAGAUUCUGGAAAGAAGCUUGUUGGUGCCCAUCAUUAUAACAAAGAAGGUGCUGUCACUAGCAGCCGGUGUACCAGUGUUGCGUGGGUUCCUAAAGGGAAUGGUACCUGUGUUGCUGCUCAUGCUGAUGGAAAUUUGUAUGUCUAUGAGAAGAGUAAGGAAAGUGCUGGUGAUUCUUCUUUCCCAGCUAUAAAGGAUCAUACUCAAUUUUCGGUGGCUCAUGCAAGAUCCAGUAAGAGUAAUCCAAUUUCCAGAUGGCAUAUUUGCCAAGGUUCAAUAAACAGCAUUGUUUACUCAGCAGAUGGGGAAAAUUUGGCAACCGUCGGUAGAGAUGGCUAUUUGCGAGUAUUUGACUACUCAAAAGAACAACUAGUAUUCGGUGGUAAGAGUUAUUAUGGUGCUCUUCUGUGUUGCUCGUGGAGUCCGGAUGGGAAAUACAUUUUGACAGGAGGGGAAGAGGAUCUUGUUACCGUGUGGAGCAUGGAAGAUAGAAAAGUAGUAGCUUGGGGUGAAGGGCACAACUCAUGGGUCAGUGGUGUUGCUUUUGAUUCAUAUUGGUCACCACCAAGUUCAAAUGACACGGAAGAAAAUAUUGUUUACCGUUUUGGUUCUGUGGGUCAGGACACAAAAUUGCUCCUAUGGGACCUGCCAAUGGAUGAGAUUGUAGUGCCGCUUCGCCGAAGUUCGCUUGGUGGAUCUCCAACAUUCAGCACAGGUAGCCAGUCAUCCCAUUGGGACAGCGUUUACCCUAUUGGCACUCUUCAACCUGCUCCCAGCAUGCGGGACAUUCCAAAGCUCUCCCCACUGGUGUCCCACUGCGUUCAUUCUGAGCCCCUAUCCGGAUUACUUUUCACAGAGGAUGCUAUUCUCACCGCAUCUUGGGAGGGGCAUGUGAAAAUUUGGAUGAGACCCGGUGAGCCUGAAACUAAAACAAACGCAGAAGCCCUGCUAGGUGCUAGUCCGAAGGACCAACUCCUCACAGGCAAAGGUUACACAGAACUGGCAAAAAGCAAGCCAUUCACUGAAAGUAAAUCAUACAACCCACAAUCCCUGCUCGGCGCUACUUCAAAGGAGCAACAACCACUGACAGGCAAAGGUGGCGCUUUUAAUUUCAAGGAAAUGUCGAAAAGCAGUCGAUUGGGGUACCUUCCGUAGUGCUGAUUCGCCGUUUGAACCUGUAAUUAUGCCGCUUCCAGCAACUUGGUUCCUUCAGAAUGCCAUACGUAGCAUACCAGGUCGUUGAGUUGUUUCAGUUGAUGGCUAUGAUCUAGCUCAACGGUGACAAACGACGUUUGCUUUUACAGAAGAAGCGCGGAAAGAGGGGUAGAGAGAGAUGCAUUGCUUUUAGGUUUUUGCAUAGGUAGGUUUACUACUUACAACUCACAAUAUUCACUUGCUGUUGACUGCUUUUCUAGAGGACAAUACAUGUACAAAUACCCAUUGUUUUGCGUCUGCAGAGGCAAAAUCUCUUCAUUUUCCUUUCAAGUUACAAAAUACUUCAGAGAAUCUGUAUUCUUGUAAUGGUCACCAUGGCCAGAAUAAAAAGGAUAUCGGAGUUGCCUGCGCUGGUGUCGAGUGUUUCGCUUUAAAACUAGCACCGGUAUGUGUUUCGGAUGUGAUUCAUAUAAAUGAAAGUUUUCUGUGGUGUUUAACGGGA